GGAUCUCCCAUUAUUAUUAACAAUCGCAGAGAAAGACGAUAAACAUUGAUCGCGUUGUGCAAGCAGUCACCAUGGGGCUAACAAAGCUUCAGAAGCGGAUUGGUUUCAUAGGUGCCGGCCAGAUGGCUGAGGCCUUGGCGAGGGGGUUCAUUUCAAAGGGAGUUGUUGAAGCGUCGAGUAUGAUCGCCACUGAUCCUGUGGCUGCCAGAAGGGAAGUCUUCGAGAGCUUCGAUGUGAAAGCAGUGAGCACCAACUUGGAGGUGGUCAAGGAGAGCGAUAUUGUAUUCGUGGCAGUCAAGCCACAAUAUGUGGGACCCGUCCUUAAAGAAGUGCGAGGGCACCUGACAGACAAGCACACAAUCGUUUCCAUUGCGGCUGGGAAGACCCUGAGCUCCCUCAAAGAAGCUGCAGGAGAUGAUGUGCGCAUAGUGCGUGUGAUGCCCAACACCCCCUGCCUGGUCGGGGAGACAGCCAGCGCCAUGUGCUUGGGAGGCCAGGCCAAUGAUGAGGACGCUGAGACUGUGCGAACGCUCUUCAGUGCAGUUGGCCGCAUCGUCCAGGUGGAUGAGAAGAUGCUGAGUGCGGUGACCGGGCUGAGCGGCAGCGGGCCUGCGUAUGCGUUCCUGGUGAUAGAGGCGCUUGCAGACGGCGGAGUAAAGGCAGGGCUGCCGCGGGACAUCUCCAUGGCCCUGGCAGCGCAGACUGUGCUGGGCAGCGCCAAGAUGGUCCUGGAGACCGGCAAGCACCCAGGCCUCCUCAAGGACAUGGUCACCUCCCCUGGCGGGACGACGAUUGCAGGGUACCAUGAGCUGGAGAAGGGAGGAGUGCGGGCAAGCCUCAUCAAUGCUGUUGUCGCUGCCACAAAUCGCGCCGACGAGAUCUCAAAGCUCUAGGAAGCGCUCUUGGAGCUCUGUCAGGAGCUGUGUGCACGUUGGCAAUAUUAGGUCAAGAAGUUAAUGUUCAAGCGUAUCGUAUCAGGAUGCAGCUGCACUGCACGAUUUCUUUUAGGCUUACAGUCAUAAAUGCUACAUGCAUGCAUGGUGUGCACCGUGCAGCAGAAAUUUUGGCAAAGCAUUGCAUGUGAAUCGCUUCCAAGAAACUUGGAGUGCCUCUGGAAUAUUGUUUGGUGACCCCUCAAGUUGCCAUAGCACUCUCAUCUUGUGAACAGGGGCCCUUUUAGGCAAAAAUUGUUGAUAAGAAGUUGAUAUAUCGAGGGAAUAUUGGAACGCUGUGAUUAUAAUUAUUAAUGAUUAAUUAACGCGAGCGCAAGCGAUGUGAAUUGGAACCAAGAUCUUGGUGGAAGAGGCCAUCUGAUUGAAGCCUUUGAAAAGUAUAAUUGGUGCAUGAUAGGUGUGCAUGAUGACUCUUGGGGCCCUUGAUUGCCCUGGACCCUGUGACACCCAUGGCCUUUGGCCAGAAAAGGUGAGAUUCGUCAACAGAUCAAUGUAACCAUUGAGUGCC